AUGCCCGUGACAUCUCCCACCCUGUCUCUGCGCGAAGUUCAUACACAAACGCCCGGGCAGCAAUUUCCCCUGACCAAUAUAGAUAACCCGAAUGAUAUCGCCCAGGAGUUGAGCAAUUUGCAAGCGCUGAGGCGUUUAUCUAUGGAUGUGGGCAACAGUAUUGAUCCAGAUAUACCGCCAAUGUCAUUAGCAGCUAUGCCGGCUGUGGCGCCGAGAGGAGACGACGAUGAAAACGACCCAUCGAGAUUGCUUUGGGUGCCAGCCAGGGUACACCCAGAGCUUGCUCCAACCGAGUUCAAGACCUUUCUAGCAAGCCGCCUUCAGUCAAUACGGAGGAGAUCCGGGGAUUCAUUUCUUUCCGUCUCGGAUGAAAAAUAUGGCAAUGAAUCGGAUCCUAUCAAUGCUUCUUCAUUAAGGAGAAAGAAGUCCUUACUCUCACGCCAGAUUGACAACUCAGAAGAACGAGCCCCUGAAGGAUUCGCUGGUGGGAUAGACAGAUCAGAGAGACAUGGUUUCAAGGUUCAGAGGCUUGCUCAAGAGUCCCAUAGCUAUUCAGGCAGUUUAGAGACUGGGAUGGAUGACAUGCCUAUCCUCCCUGUUGCACCCAGUAGCGGAUUACGGAGAUCAACUCGGACAACCUAUCGCAAAGGAGGGAGCUUGCGAUUUGGGGACAAGACAUCGUUUUCGAAGCGGAUGGCACAACGCCAGCAAAGCGGCGAAUCUAUAGAGCCACCUAUUCCGGCGGCCGAAGAUAUUCCUCGGGGAUAUCCGCUGAUUAAAGUGCAGUCAGAACCUACUUCUGAGAAUUUCUCAAGGCCUACCCGGCCGGAUCGAAGACAAGAUAGAUUUUCACAAGAACCGGCCGCAACGUCAACAGAUUUCGACACUUCCUCUUCCUCAAGGCCGUCACAGUUCUCUGGUCGACUACCUUCUGCUCAAUCUACUACAUCCAACAAUAAUACCUCCAACCCGGAUGAAGCCAUUACCGUGACAGAAGAGGCCGGAUUGGAGUCUGCGACGGAUAAUAUUGGCGACGAUACACUGAGCCACUCGAAUUACCACUCCUUAUCGGGCAAUGCGAAUUUCGAGGAUAACAGCUCGCCUAGCUCUGCGAAAUCGCCAAUUCCCAGCGCGGCGCAAACCAGUACAGCUGCUGUUGCGAGUCCGGUCCAAUCCGGCGCUUCAAAUGGUAACGCUAUUCGCUCUGAUACCUCAACCGUUACCCCGGCGCAUACGCGAGACGAUAAAAAAUCGGACAAAAAGUCGAAAAGGGAUAAGGAUGAGGACUCUCAUAAUUCCACGAGGUCUGGCUCUGCGUGGAAGUGGCUCAAAGGUGUUGCAGACGAUAGGGACAAAAAGAAAGAUGAGAGCAGGAAAUCCAAGCAUAAAUCCGCAUCCGAAAAAGCCCAAGAUAAUGUGCGAUUGGAUGUGAUCCAAACUUCAAUUGAAAAGACUGCUACAAAGGGUCGCGAAAGCCUAGUCCUUGACCGGGAUAGCAUCGACAAUAAGCUUUCGGACGAGCGAAAGAAAGAGAGCCAUCGCAAAAGUGACUCAAAGAAGGAAAAGGAUGGAAAAGACAUCGUGCCUUACAAGCCUUUGCAACCAGAUGUUGACUACAACUGGAGCCGCUUUCCACUUCUGGAGGAGCGCGCGAUCUAUCGAAUGGCACACAUCAAAUUAGCAAACCCUCGUCGGUCCCUCCACAGCCAGGUGCUUCUGAGCAACUUUAUGUAUAGCUAUUUGGCGAUUGUUCAAGCUAUGCAUCCCCAGAUGAAUGUUCCAGUUUCACCCCAACAAAAGCGACUAGAAGAAGAGGCACGCCGUGAACAAGACCAACAUCAGAGUCUUGAGCAGUACGAUUUCAAUUACCAUCGUACGGCAGUGCAAUACGCUGAUUCCAGUUCCGAUAAACCCGUCGAGUAUGUGGAUGAUGCUCAGAUAUAUGAAGAUGAUCACACACGCGAUAGCCAUGGUGGUUACGGCGAUGACGAUUCUGGUGGCUAUAGCCAGGAGGUGAAGGAUUAUUAUCGGUAUCAAAACGAUGUCUCAGAUCGACACACUGGCCAGGAUGGCGUGUGGUGA